AUGUCUGCCGAUACUGUUGGAAAGACCAUUACUUGCAAGGCCGCCGUUGCCUGGGAGGCCGGCAAAGACCUUACGAUCGAGGAUGUCGAGGUUGCGCCUCCAAAAGCCCACGAAGUCCGUAUUCAGAUCUACUAUACCGGUGUCUGCCACACUGAUGCCUACACGCUUUCUGGCAAAGACCCAGAGGGUGCGUUCCCAAUCAUUCUAGGACACGAGGGUGCAGGUAUUGUCGAAUCCGUGGGUCAGGGUGUCACCAACGUGAAACCUGGAGACGCUGUCGUUGCGCUCUACACCCCGGAAUGCAGAGAGUGCAAGUUCUGCAAGUCUGGUAAAACCAACUUGUGCGGAAAGAUCCGAGCCACCCAGGGCAAAGGCGUCAUGCCAGAUGGUACCUCAAGAUUCAAGUGCAAGGGCCAAGAUAUUCUUCACUUCAUGGGCACUUCGACCUUUUCCCAGUACACUGUCGUCGCUGAUAUCUCGGUGGUGGCCAUCACGGACGAGGCCCCGAUGGACAGGACCUGCCUGUUGGGUUGUGGCAUCACCACCGGAUACGGAGCCGCCGUCAUUACCGCCAACGUCGAGGAAGGCUCCAACGUUGCUGUCUUCGGCGCGGGUUGUGUUGGUCUCUCAGUUAUCCAAGGAGCCGUCAAGAACAAGGCCGGCAGGAUUAUUGUUGUCGACGUCAAUGAUAAGAAAGAGGAAUGGGCCAAAAAAUUCGGCGGUACCGACUUUGUCAAUCCCACGAAAUUGUCCGGCCAGACUAUCCAGGAGAAGUUGAUCGAAAUGACCGAUGGCGGUUGUGACUACACCUUCGACUGCACAGGUAACGUCCAAGUCAUGAGAGCUGCGCUCGAGGCCUGCCACAAAGGUUGGGGUCAAUCCAUCAUCAUUGGCGUUGCUCCCGCUGGUGCCGAAAUCUCCACGAGGCCCUUCCAGCUCGUCACCGGUCGUGUCUGGCGAGGCUGUGCUUUCGGUGGUGUCAAAGGCCGAACGCAACUCCCCGGUCUUGUCCAGGACUACAUGGAUGGAAAGCUGAAAGGGAGACAGGUGGCCUUCUCCAAUAGACGUGGAUUCAGCAUGCACUAUCAAAAUCUCGACCUUGAGAUCCGGGAGCCUUUGCUGAAGAAAGAAGUAAAUUCUUUGCCCCAGGAGAAGACCGACUGCGGCGGGCAAAUCCAAAAUCUGACAGAUGACUUUCCAUUGCCAAGUUGGACCUGGGCGAAGCCAAAUAGUCAGGGGAAACUUUUCCCACAAACUAUCGCCCAUCGAGGUUACAAGGCGGAACAUCCGGAGAACACCUUGAAAGCUUUCCAAGGUGCUGUCGAGGUUGGAACCCAUGCGAUCGAGACAGAUAUCCAUCUGUCAAAAGACGGCGUUGUGGUCUUGUCCCACGAUGGAGAUCUCAAACGGUGCUUCGGGCAUCAGGAGAAGAUCAUCGAUUGCAGGUGGGAAUAUCUGAGUUCCCUUCGCACACUCAAAGCGCCUCAUGAACCCAUGCCUCGCCUUCUCGAUUUGCUUGAAUAUGUGGCACAACCAGGCCUGGAGCAUAUCUGGUUAUUGCUCGAUAUCAAGCUUGACAACAACUCCGACGACGUCAUGAGAUUAAUGGCGACGACGCUGGCAUCAGUCGAUCCCGGCCAUCGGGCUUGGAAUGAGCGGGUGGUGCUUGGGAUAUGGGCAGCCAAAUUUCUCCCUCUAUGCACAAAAUACCUCCCAAGCUUCCCGGUCACGCACAUUGGAUUUUCCACAUGUUACGCCAGGCAAUUUUUGAAGGUCCCGAAUGUGUCGUUCAACAUGUUGCAAAAGGUUCUGUUUGGACCUCUCGGGGCGCGGUUUAUGCGAGACGUACGAAAAGCAGAGCGACCACUCUAUGUGUGGACGGUCAACGACACAAAUCUGAUGAAAUGGUGUAUUCAAAAAAACGUCGACGGCGUCAUCACAGACGAUCCAAAGAGGUUCAAGCGCAUCUGCGACGAGUGGGAUGAGCGGGAGCCCGUAGCCAGGGUCAGCUUGAAGCAGUGGCUCUAUACACUGUGGCUGUGGAUUAUGGUUGGCGUUUUCUUCACGCCCUUCAAGCGCAAGUUUCCCGAGACUGUAGAGCAGUUCAUUAGAAGGAACGAUCUGGAAGCGAAGGCGGUAUCAAGGGAUUGA